AUGGACACUGCCCGGUACAGCAAGUGGAGUGGCGGGCUCGAGGAGGUCUCUGGAGGGAUCCAGAAUGGUCCUGGUACAGGAGGGACCCAGGAGUCCAUCGUUAUUCAAGGGUACUGCGGACGCUGGGGAUGGCGAUUUCUCUUCUUGGCCCUGGCUCUCGUGAUCACCACAAUUCUGUGGGCCCUCAUUCUGAGCAUCCUCCAUUCCAAGGCCUCUACGCAGCGCGGGGCUCUACUCCACCGCCAGGAUCUGCUGAGAACAAACGCCUCGAAGCAGACGGCGGAGCUGGGCACCUUGAAGGAGGAGGUCCGAGCCUGCAAUAGCUGCUGCCUUAGGACACAGGAGGAGUUGCAGACCGCGCGCACAGAGCUUAAGGAGGCGCAGGUGAAGCUGAUCCAGCAAGAGAGCGCCCUGAAUGAACUGAGCAACCGCGUGACCCAGAGUUUGGCUGAAGCAGGUAGGGACCGUGAGAACAUCCGCAGUGAGCUGUUCCAGGCGCUGGAGACUGUCCAACUAGGGAACAGUUCUUGCAAGCAGUGCCCCACGUCGUGGCUGCCCUUCCAGGGCUCCUGCUACUUUUUCUCCGAGCUGCAGGCCACGUGGGAAGCGGCACAGCGCAACUGCGCAGACUUGGGUGCGCACCUGGUGAUUGUCCAGGGCCUGGAUGAGCAGAGCUUCCUGACUCGGAAUACGAGAGGACGCGGUUACUGGCUGGGGCUGAGGGCUGUGCGCCGCGGGAACAAGAUCCAGGGCUACCAGUGGGUGGACGGAGUCUCGCUCAGCUUCAGCCACUGGAACGUGGGAGAGCCCAAUGACUCUUGGGGGCUCGAGGACUGCGGCAUGAUUCUACACACGGGGUUAUGGAACGAUGCCCCGUGCAACAAUGAGAGGGACAACUGGAUCUGCGAGAAAAGGUCCAGCUGCUGAGUCCGCCCAGUGCUCGCGAGCCACGCCCACGGCCACUUGUGAGAUUGCCUGAGCGGCUCCCUCUUCUGGCUCCGCCCACCGCUAUUGAUUUUUUCCCCCCCUUCCCACCCACCACCACUGAG